AUGAACAUCAUUCGUAAGUGUUAUGGGGAGCUGUUCGGGCAACAUGGCCUGGCUCUGUUUGAUCAGCCACCGGUAUCGGAGACCUCUGAAACUGACCGGCAGGCACUCCAACGUUGUCACCAAGCCAGCAUUACAGCGCAUAGGGGAGUAGGAAAGGUCAAGGUCCGUGGAAAAGGGGCCUGUCGUAUCCCUGGUGGCGUUAUGAAGGUGGUGGCAGCUACCUGCUCAGAGCAGUACUCUGGGGGAACAGUGCUGUUUGAGCCCCUAGAUUCAGGGCUUCCAGCAGGGCUCCUUGCGGUCCCAGCCCUGGUACCAGUAGUCCGUGGCACCACUUACAUUCCAAUUAUGAAUGUAGGGUCCUCUGAUGUACUGCUUUAUCCUCGUGCGGUCGUGGGGUCCCUAGAAGAGGUACAGGUGGUAAGCUUGCCUGCUGGCAUCACUGAGGUGCUGCCUCAGGUAGCUACGGUGGCCUCGCAGCUAGUCUCCCCCUCAGUCCAGGAGCAGAUAGCCGCAAUGGAGUUAUACCAUCUUCCUGCAGAAGUGCAAGAUAAAGUGAGGGCUCUACUUGGUCAGUACAGCUCAGUUUUUUCAGUCCAUGAUGGGGAUCUGGGUUGCACAGACCUGAUCGCUCAUGAGAUUCCUCUAGAGGAUGACAUUCCGGUGCGGCAGCGCUAUCGUCGCAUUCCUCCUUCUGAAUAUGAAGUCGUUAAAGACCAUAUUAACCAACUGCUUGGGUCGCAAAUCAUUAGGGAGAGUAGCACUCCUUAUGCCUCUCCCAUCGUAAUGGUUAAAAAGAAGGAUGGUAGUCCGCGGAUGUGUGUCGAUUAUAGGCUGCUGAAUAGUAAAACCAGAAAGGAUGCAUUUCCGUUACCUCGUAUUGAUGAGUCUCUGGAUGCUUUGACGGGUGUGUGUUGGUUCUCCACCAUGGACCUGACUAGUGGGUACAACCAGGUGCCAGUGGCCAGUGCUGAUCGUCCCAAGACAGCUUUUUGUACCCCUUUUGGCCUUUUUGAGUGGAACCGCAUGCCAUUUGGGCUUUGUAACGCUCCAAGCACAUUUCAGAGGUUGAUGCAGCGGAUUUUUGGGGACCAGCAGUGCCAGUCCCUGCUGUUGUACCUCAAUGACAUUGUGGUUUUCUCUUCUACCACAGAUCAACAUUUGGAGAGAUUGCGGGUGGUGUUGGAGCGUUUACAGCGUGAAGGGCUUAAAGUGAAGCUCAAUAAGUGCGCCUUCUUUCAGCAGGAGGUACGCUACUUGGGUCAUGUCAUUUCUGACCAGGGUGUGUCUACUGACCCCGAUAAGAUUGAGGCAGUUGCUCGCUGGCCGCUCCCUGCUACACUUCCAGAGUUGCGCUCCUUUCUUGGUUUUGCUAGCUACUAUCGCCGUUUUGUGGAGGGCUUUGCAAAGCUGGCCGCACCGCUGCAUAGACUGGUGGCAGAGUUGGCAGGUCGUCCUUCCACACGUGCAGAAAAGACUGUUUUCAGUCAUUGGACGGGUGAGUGCCAACGUAGUUUUGAGGUACUGAAAGACAAACUUUGCUCCGCACCAGUCCUGGCCUAUGCUGAUUUGACGCUGCCAUUCAUUUUGGAGGUGGAUGCCAGCUAUGGAGGCCUUGGCGCUGUGCUAUCCCAAGAGCAAAAUGGUAAGGUUAGACCCAUUGCUUAUGCUAGCCGUGGGCUGAGGCCCACAGAGCGUAAUAUGCAAAAUUAUAGCUCUAUGAAAUUGGAGUUCUUGGCCCUUAAGUGGGCGAUGACGGAAAAAUUCCGCGAAUACCUGCUGGGCCAUAGGUGUGUGGUCUAUACAGACAACAACCCACUGCGACAUUUGACCUCUGCUAAGCUUGGGGCUACUGAGCAACGUUGGGCGGCCCAACUAGCCUCCUUCGACUUCGAGUUGAAGUAUCGCUCAGGCAGUAGCAACAAAAAUGCAGAUGCCCUUUCUUGUCAGCACCCCCCAGAGCCCCAGGACAUGCAAGCCCUAGUCGGUGGCACAUCACUUCCUGAACCCUUGCAGCAGGUCUUGCGUGCUGAUGAGGCUGCUAUUCAAGCGGCAGUGGCAGCCUUGCCCCACCACCCACCAUCAGAUGUGGUCACGCUCCAACUUGCGGACCCUGUUAUUCAGGAGGUUUUGGUUUUUUGGAGGCGGAAACAGCGCCCUAAUAAGGAGGAACGGAAGCAGGUGUCUCAGUUGGCCUUGGUCUUGUUGCGGCAAUGGGACCGGUUAGUUGAGAAAAAUGGGGUGCUGUAUCGCCAGGUUUUCCGGCCUGAUGGGGCAGAGGUCCGGCUUCAGCUGGGGUUCAUUUCCUCGGGUGGAAGCCCCGGGGUGGCGUUGUCCAACCCUUGCACGACCCCUUAUCGCCACAUUCGCACAGCCGUCCCACUCAGAGCAGCCAAUGGUUUGGCUAUACCUUACAUUGGCUACCUGGAACUAGAUGUGGAGCUUUGUGGUAGAUUUAUGUCAGGUUGUGGGGUUUUAGUGGUCAGGGACCCCCCUGGUGGGACAUCAUCACAGGCUCCAGGCGUUCUAGGAAUGAACAUCAUUCGUAAGUGUUAUGGGGAGCUGUUCGGGCAACAUGGCCUGGCUCUGUUUGAUCAGCCACCGGUAUCGGAGACCUCUGAAACUGUCCGGCAGUCACUCCAACGUUGUCACCAAGCCAGCAUUACAGCGCAUAGGGGAGUAGGAAAGGUCAAGGUCCGUGGAAAAGGGGCCUGUCGUAUCCCUGGUGGCGUUAUGAAGGUGGUGGCAGCUCCCUGCUCAGAGCAGUACUCUGGGGGAACAGUGCUGUUUGAGCCCCUAGAUUCAGGGCUUCCAGCAGGGCUCCUUGCGGUCCCAGCCCUGGUACCAGUAGUCCGUGGCACCACUUACAUUCCAAUUAUGAAUGUAGGGUCCUCUGAUGUACUGCUUUAUCCUCGUGCGGUCGUGGGGUCCCUAGAAGAGGUACAGGUGGUAAGCUUGCCUGCUGGCAUCACUGAGGUGCUGCCUCAGGUAGCUACGGUGGCCUCGCAGCUAGUCUCCCCCUCAGUCCAGGAGCAGAUAGCCGCAAUGGAGUUAUACCAUCUUCCUGCAGAAGUGCAAGAUAAAGUGAGGGCUCUACUUGGUCAGUACAGCUCAGUUUUUUCAGUCCAUGAUGGGGAUCUGGGUUGCACAGACCUGAUCGCUCAUGAGAUUCCUCUAGAGGAUGACAUUCCGGUGCGGCAGCGCUAUCGUCGUAUUCCUCCUUCUGAAUAUGAAGUCGUUAAAGACCAUAUUAACCAACUGCUUGGGCUGCUGAAUAGUAAAACCAGAAAGGAUGCAUUUCCGUUACCUCGUAUUGAUGAGUCUCUGGAUGCUUUGACGGGUGUGUGUUGGUUCUCCACCAUGGAACUGACUAGUGGGUACAACCAGGUGCCAGUGGCCAGUGCUGAUCAUCCCAAGACAGCUUUUUGUACCCCUUUUGGCCUUUUUGAGUGGAACCGCAUGCCAUUUGGGCUUUGUAACGCUCCAAGCACAUUUCAGAGGUUGAUGCAGCGGAUUUUUGGGGACCAGCAGUGCCAGUCCCUGCUGUUGUACCUCGAUGACAUCGUGGUUUUCUCUUCUACCACAGAUCAACAUUUGGAGAGAUUGCGGGUGGUGUUGGAGCGUUUACAGCGUGAAGGGCUUAAAGUGAAGCUCAAUAAGUGCGCCUUCUUUCAGCAGGAGGUACGCUACUUGGGUCAUGUCAUUUCUGACCAGGGUGUGUCUACUGACCCCGAUAAGAUUGAGGCAGUUGCUCGCUGGCCGCUCCCUGCUACACUUCCAGAGUUGCGCUCUUUUCUUGGUUUUGCUAGCUACUAUCGCCGUUUUGUGGAGGGCUUUGCAAAGCUGGCCGCACCGCUGCAUAGACUGGUGGCAGAGUUGGCAGGUCGUCCUUCCACACGUGCAGAAAAGACUGUUUUCAGUCAUUGGACGGGUGAGUGCCAACGUAGUUUUGAGGUACUGAAAGACAAACUUUGUUCCGCACCAGUCCUGGCCUAUGCUGAUUUCACGCUGCCAUUCAUUUUGGAGGUGGAUGCCAGCUAUGGAGGCCUUGGCGCUGUGCUAUCCCAAGAGCAAAAUGGUAAGGUUAGACCCAUUGCUUAUGCUAGCCGUGGGCUGAGGCCCACAGAGCGUAAUAUGCAAAAUUAUAGCUCUAUGAAAUUGGAGUUCUUGGCCCUUAAGUGGGCGAUGACGGAAAAAUUCCGCGAAUACCUGCUGGGCCAUAGGUGUGUGGUCUAUACAGACAACAACCCACUGCGACAUUUGACCUCUGCUAAGCUUGGGGCUACUGAGCAACGUUGGGCGGCCCAACUAGCCUCCUUCGACUUCGAGUUGAAGUAUCGCUCAGGCAGUAGCAACAAAAAUGCAGAUGCCCUUUCUCGUCAGCACCCCCCAGAGCCCCAGGACAUGCAAGCCCUAGUCGGUGGCACAUCACUUCCUGAACCCUUGCAGCAGGUCUUGCGUGCUGAUGAGGCUGCUAUUCAAGCGGCAGUGGCAGCCUUGCCCCACCACCCACCAUCAGAUGUGGUCACGCUCCAACUUGCGGACCCUGUUAUUCAGGAGGUUUUGGUUUUUUGGAGGCGGAAACAGCGCCCUAAUAAGGAGGAACGGAAGCAGGUGUCUCAGUUGGCCUUGGUCUUGUUGCGGCAAUGGGACCGGUUAGUUGAGAAAAAUGGGGUGCUGUAUCGCCAGGUUUUCCGGCCUGAUGGGGCAGAGGUCCGGCUUCAGCUGGGGUUCAUUUCCUCGGGUGGAAGUCCCGGGGUGGCGUUGUCCAACCCUUGCACGACCCCUUAUCGCCACAUUCGCACAGCCGUCCCAGUAUGA